ACGUCUUCCUGGCUGAAAAACAAAAACAAUGUAGAAAGAGAAUAAAGGACGGCUAUAAUUAAAGUACAACAUGGACCCGACAGCUGCGGAGCGUCCGACGAUGACCUGCCGCUGUCGAGUUUAGCUCUCCCCGGCCACAACUGAACGUUGACGGCGGUGGAAGCUAGGGGCGUCGCAGGAAUCUUUGUUCGCGUUUUUUCAUGGGACACAACUGGCCAUUCCCUCUGCUUUGUCGUUGUUGUACCUCCGUGACAGCACCCCCCUCGGCUGUUAUCAGUUGGCGACCGUGGUCCCCGCAUCGUAUGAACUCCUAACAGUAAUUUCUGGCUCUUCUGUCGCUCGGGUCUCCUCGGACGGACACGACAGUCAUGUUUGCGGUGCGAAUCGUCACCGCAGACUUCUAUCUGGCAAGUCCCAUUAAAGACCUGGAUGUCUGCUACUCUGAAUUCAGGGAGAGCGACGUGAAGAAAGUACCGGUGGUACGGAUAUUUGGAGCAACGCCUGCAGGCCAGAAAACAUGUCUCCACCUCCAUGGCGUGUUCCCCUACAUCUAUGUACCAUAUGAUGGCUAUAGCCAGCAGCCGGAGCGUUACCUGCGGCAGGUGGCCUUCAGCAUCGACAGGGCUCUCAACGUUGCCAUGGGAAACCCAGCCUCCAGUGCCCAGCACGUCUUCAAGGUGGUGCUGGUCUCUGGCAUGCCUUUCUAUGGCUACCAUGCUGAGGAGAAGCUCUUCAUGAAGAUCUACCUGUACAAUCCUCAGAUGGUCAAAAGGGUGUGUGAGCUGUUGCAAAGCGGAGCAGUGAUGAACAAGAUUUACCAGCCCCACGAGGCCCACAUCCCCUUCCUGUUGCAGCUCUUCAUAGACUACAAUCUGUAUGGCAUGAACCUGCUUAACCUGGCGACUGUCAAGUUCCGCCGGUGCCACAGCAAAGAAGAUGCAGCAGCAGUCCCAGACAUGCAAACUCCCAGCAGUUGUCCUAGCAUCAGCCCCUUAAAGAGCCCCUGCACCUCUAAGCUCAGCGACAGCACCCUUGGGGGAAUGUUUAUUCGCUGGGAGGAGAAAGCUAUACCCUGCUCCCUAGUCCUGGAUGAUGUGGAGAAGCAGAGCACAUGUGAGCUAGAGGUCGAUGCUGUGGCAGUAGACAUCCUCAACCGCCUGGAAAUUGAAAAUCAGAUUGGCAGGAACCCUGGCCUGCAGGCCAUCUGGGACGAUGAGAAGCAGAGGAGGAGAGAGAAGAACCAGGCAUCCCAGAUAGAAACCCCUGAGUCACAAGAUCGUGGGUCUGUCACCUCAACAGAGAGUGAGAAAGUCUUCAUGAAGAGAUUCAAGGAGAUUCUGAAGGAGAACGCAUUUCACGUGGCCCAAAGUUUGUCUGUUUGCAACAGGGAGGACCAAGAACAUUUUCCCAGUGAACAUACCCUCCAUUCUGACCCCCUGACCCCUGAGGAACUGCCAUGUACCCCCUCUAAUGCUGUGGAGGUGCACAGGGACUCAUGGCCAGACACUGUGAGGACCAGUGGUAAAAUCCCAGAGGAGGCCGUUGUAGAUGAGGAAGCUAUCUUGAGUCUCCUGGAGAACAGUCAGACCUUCCUCCCGCUCUCCCAGACAUCCAGCAACUCACCCCUGUUAGAGAGCAGCCAAGACCGUGCCAUCAUUGAAUUACUGGCAGGCCUGGAAGGUGAUGGUUUCUGCAGAACUCCAGUUUGGCAGACUUCCCAGUCCCAGUCAUUUCCUGGAGCCAAGAGAGACCACUGUAACAGCGAUGAGGAGGAGGCGGGGCCAGAGUUGGACAAGGAAGAGGCUGAGCUCAGCAUGAUCAUGUCACAGCGAUGGGACAACGAGCCUGCUGAAAACUCCUCCUCAACAAGGCCUGGUGUAAAGGAGCCAGAGGACGCCCUCAGUGACGAACAGCAGGAGUCCUCUGAUGAAGAUAUGGAGUGGAGUGGGAACAACUCUCUGUUCGCCAACCUAUCAAUCCCCCAACUUGACGGGGCCGCAGAUGAGAGCAGUGAUUCGUCCUUAACGGACAGUGGCUCCAGAUCUAAGUCUUCUGUCAUCGUUACAAAAAAGAUGUUGGCGAAAAGGAAUCCCUUCUCCAGGGAGCCACCUUCCUCAGCUAAGACCCUUUUGGAGUGCAAGCAGUCUGAACACAGACCACUUCAUGUGCUGGACACAGAGCAACCUCUUGACAAACACUUUCAAUCAAAAAGCAGCCAGGACAGCAGUAGUGAAUGUUCAACAGGGUUCAAAGUUAAUAAAGAAAUCCCCUACAUCCCACCAGUCAAACACCCCAUUCCCUGUAAGAUAGCCAGUCACCCUGAGGUGUCACCCAUCUGUGUUGACAAAGAGGACAUACGACCCCUGUACACCUAUGAAAAGAAAACUUUAGAUAAGACAGAUUUAGAAAGUUUCCGAUUUGGAAACAGAAGGGUCACCAAAAACAGAAAGAAGUAUGGCAGCAUAAAGAAUGUAGAAACAAACUGUCUGUCCAUUCUUCAGAACCACAGGACCUUCUCUCUCUGCUACUCAGAGCUGAGAAACUGCUCAGCCAAGACAGAGCUGGAACUGAGUCAGAAGGACAGUAAAAGCCCCAUCCUGAGGAACAUCUCCUCCUCCCCAUCCCCCUUGGAGGAGGAUGAGUUUCUUGAUCCUCAGGAGGAAGAAAUGGGCCAGGACAGUGAGGAGGGCGAUGUUGGUGAACUCAAAAUCAGGUAUGAGGACUAUCAGGAAAAUAAGACAGAGAGGACCAUAGUGGCCCAGCAGGAAGCGCACUACAAGUUCUUCCCUAGCGUCAUCCUCUCCAACUGCCUCAGUAGGAAGAAAACUGGGAGCAAAAAACUGGGUGAUGCCUGCAGUGAGCUAGAACAGACACAGCCACACAGAUCAAGGCUAAAAGUGAAUAAAAAAAGGCUGGGAAUGAUGGGACAUAGGAACAACAUAGUUGAAAGCUCUAGCUCUGACAGCCAAGUUAGUAUUGGCCUCCACUCCAUCACAUUUCCAGUGUGUCCAUUGACUGCAGACACAGAGAGGCCAGUUUUGGAGGAUAAACCGGUUAAAGAGGCUGAGCCAAUUAAAGAUGGGCCACUCACAGAGGUAGAGCCAAAGGACACAAAAAAGGAGGAGACUGAAAGGGAGGAGAUGUCUGUAAAUGAACAAACAAAACCACAUUCAGAACACCCUACCACCACUGUUAAUAGUUUUUCUGAAGAAGCUAAAGAAGAAGAAGCAGAGGAUAGGUUAAGCCCAUUUCAAGAUUUUCCAGCAAAAGCUUCUAAACCUUCAGCACUGCCUGGUAGUAAAUACACCCUGAGGGCUAAACGCAAGAUGAUCUACGACAGCGAGGAUGGAGAACACUCAGGUGCUACUCAUUAUAAAAACCCUGCCUCAAUCAGAGACCGACUCAAGGACACAAAUGUCUCAAGUGGACAGGAAGUAAAAUACCAGAAACGGCGCAAGAGGGAACCCCCUAUCAUCAUCAAAUAUAUUAUUAUCAACAGGUUCAAAGGACAGAAAAACAUGAUGGUGAAGAUGUCCAAAGUGAAUGCAGAGGAGCAGUUAGUGAUGCUAACGCCAGAAAAGUUAGAGCAAUAUAAUAAACUGGCCCCUCUCAAGGAUUUUUGGCCCAAAGUGCCAGAAUCCACUGCUGUUAAGUUUCCCAUCACUGAGCCAAAGGCCAAAAAACAGCCCAAAAGAAAGGCAAAGGUCAACUCCACAAAUAAGAAAACAGUCUGCAAUUCCUCUAAACCUAGGGUCAGACAGUAUGAAAAGGUCAAAAGGAUAAAAGGCAGCCAGAGAUCCCCCGUUGUACUAUCUCUAUUGCCCCCUCAGUCAUGUUACUGUGAGCUAGGAGAUGACCAUGACAUUGAGUAUACUGAUGUCAUGGUAGAGUUGGGCUACCUGUCUGAUAGAUCCCCAAGCCCUACAGACUUAACCCCCCCACGCUGUUGGUCCCCAAGUGACCCUCUAAUCGACAGCAGGAGUUCAGAACAGCUGAUAAAUCCACUCAGUGAUCCAUGUCUUAGUUCUAUUUUUGACAAGCCACACACAGUGUCUUCAACCAAAGGAGCUCAGAAUAAGUGUCAAUCUACCAAAUCUAUGACAUGUUACGACAUUAAUAGAAAAGUGAAUAAGUCUGCUACCAAGCCUCUUGAGGAAGAAGAACCCAAAAAAGCAAAAUCAAAACAAAGUUGUGGUGCUCGUCCAAGGCAGAGGAAGAGGGCUAAAGCUACAAAUAAAGGUAAACCCAACAAUUCCACCACCACCACAAGACCAAAAAAGUCUCGUAAAAAGCAGACAGAGGAACCCAAAAGCCAUGACUCAUGUAAAGACAGCUCCCAACUCCUUUUCACAGAGGAUGAACUGCCUCCUUCUGAGAGUUCCUCUCAGGAGGUUCCUCCAUUUCAGCAGACACUGUGCACAAUUAGCUGUGGUCAGGGCAGUUCCCAGUCUCGGUUUAUAGAACCAAAGGUUGAGGACUGUGAGACUUCCAUCAUGGAGGUCAACCAAAGCUUUACAGCAGCGGCUCUGCUGAAGCACCAAGGCUGCCAGACCACUGUGGUAAAGGUAGAGGCUUCACAGGAGUGCACCGCACCUCCACCGCCUCUGGCUAUAAAACUCUUUCUGGAAAACAAUAAAGAGGCCCAACUAGCAGCAGCCUCGCAACAUUCAGGCCCAAAGAAUGGGGAUAUACCCACUCUCUCUGAGACCCCUUCUGGAUUGGCAGUCCUCAAGCAGCUUCUCCGGAAGACGCAGCAAGGACAAGCCCUUCCUUUACAAGUGGUUGGUGCGAACAGCCACUCCACAGCCAUAACUCAGUCUACAGCACUGCUAGAUCCCACAGCUAAAUCAGCUAAAUCCAGAAGGGCUCCCUCCGCCACUCCUCGGAAACCCAGGGCCCCAAAGUCUACGACUCCCAAGGAUAAGAAGCCCAGGGUCAGGAAAGGCAAGGCAAGUAACACUCAGCCAAAUGUGUCAGUGAAGCAGGAGGGCAACAUGUCAGAUGACUGCCCCAUCUUUCCUUCAGACGCAGGCAUGGACAGCUGCAACUUCAUAGAGGACAGCUUGUCACCAGAGCUCCCACACAACUAUAACUUUGACAUAAAUGUCAUUGACCAGACAGAAUUCUCCAGCCCAUAUAGCAGCAGUCAGUUUGUCCUGACUGAUAAAAAUUUGCCAGUUAAAUUCCUGAGUGAUGUCAACCAGGAAGCUGUAUCUGCUCAGGCACUAGGCUUUGAGAAGAAACUUGAUAGGCUAUUUGCUUCUGGGGAGGAGCUACAAAGAGGCUCUGACUGGCACAAAGCAAGGCCGGCUAGCCCUGACCUCUUUGAGAGGCCUGAGAAUGGGGAGUCUAUAUUUCUGGACUCUGAGAAACUCAAGAGCAGAGAGUGGGACUUCUCUCUAGGUAAAGCCCAUACACUUAGCCCCUUUCAAGACUUUGACUGUGAGAGGAAAGAGCUGCUCUUUUCUAUCUUCGAACCUGUCCUACCUUUGCCUUUAAGUUCUGCGUCAUUUGUCGACCAUGAUGGCUCACCAACAGGAGAGCUUUUGGAGGGCAUUGAUGUAAUAUCAUCCACCACACCCAGUAGUUCCCCACGCUCCAUCAGCUCACUAUCACAGGUGAGAGCAAGCCAGCUGCUUCGGGGGGCAGGAGGUGGAGCCCACAUUCUCAAGCCUCUCAUGUCCCCUCCAAGCCGGGAGGAGAUCCUCAGUACUCUUCUUGACCUGGAGAUGUCAGAGGCCACCUUUCAGGAGCCCUUCUGCAGCAACCCCUCUGAUGCACCAGGAAAACCAAUGGAGGUCGGUGGCCGUAAGAUAAUGGUGGGCACCAGAAUGGCAAAGGAGCUUGCAGAGUUCAGUGGGGAACUGUCUUUGGAAGGCCUUCAUUUCUGGAAGACAGCCUUCUCAGCCAUGACACAUCCUGCCACAACUAUUACCUCAACUUUCCAAGCCCAGGGAGCUGAGGUCUCAGAGGGAAAUAAAGAGCAGGUUGAGCUUGAUCCAUCUUCAGCCAGUGACAAGCAGGUCGUCCUUCUGCCCUGCAAAACCCCACCAAGCAGAGAGCGUGUGCAGCUGUGGCUGGAAGCCAGAAAACAGUAUGAAAGUUUACAAAAAGGGAGAAAAGACACAGGAUUGCUGAAAAAAGGGUAUGGGACAACUGAGCAGCCCACUGCUUCCCAUUGUCAAGCUGUGAAGGUUGAGCUUUACGAGAGACUUGGCAGUAUCAGGACCCCAAGGAAAAAGAAACGCUACCUGUCCCCCCUAAUCAUAUCUCCCAUGAAGAGUACAUGUUCUCAAUGCAAAUCUACAGAGGUGAGUCCAGUUUCACAUAAAGGUAGUGGGGAUUUUGAGCAGGAGGGCAGAAAAAAAGAUGAUGAUGGUGAUGAUGACAAAGCCACUUCUCCAUUGUCCCCGGAGCUGCCUCCCUGGCAGCAGUCCUGUCAGGCCAGCUCCUCGAGGCCGGACCAGCUCAGUGAAAACAGGCAGAGUGAAAGCUAUCCAGAACCACUGUCUUCUAGGCUCUCUAACUCUCUGGAGAGACUUGGGGAGAGUCUUAGUCCCUCACCUCUCCAUGUUAGUAACAAGGAAGAGGGGAGGACAAGUCCCAUCCUCCUUCACAGUACCCCCUAUUUAAGGAGGCGGCGGAGAAGCGAGGAAGAUCUGGAGCCAGUAUGCAGCACUCCUAUAACUGAGGAGGGCCGUGUCUCUCACAGAAUCCAGCAGAGAAGGAGAAGCCAAGCAGACCCACUGAGAAGAGUGUUACUGACCACACAGAUCAAGAACCAGUUUGCUGCUUUGAAUGUGCCAAAGAAGGAUAACUCUCAGAUUGAAGGGCCCAGUAUAGCCAACUCUUACGGCUUCAAAAUCAGCAUGCAGAACCUGCAGGAUGCCAAAGCUCUGCAUGAGGUCCAGUACCUAACACUGAUGGGCAUGGAUAUCCAUGCGAGAACCCGACGUGACCUUGAGCCUGACCCCGAGUUUGACCCCAUAUGUGCCUUAUUCUACUGCCUCAGUUCUGAUGCUUCCUUGCCAGAAGGGGAGAGUACCCAGGUGACGGGUGCCAUUGUGGUGGACAAAGACCAUCAAAGUAGUGAGAGAGCAGGUGUCAGAGGAACAGCACCCCUGCUGGUCAGGUCAGGCAUCUCUGGACUGCAGGUGAUAUAUACCACUGAUGAGAAGAUGCUGUUUCAGGAGCUGAUCGCCAUCAUGAGGAGGUUUGACCCGGACAUCCUAGUCGGGUAUGAGGUGCAGAUGCAUUCUUGGGGCUACCUCCUCCAGCGGGCUGCAGUGCUUGGAGUGGACCUGUGUCAGCAGCUGUCACGAGUGCCAGGUGACUCCAAAGAGAACCGCUUUGCCGCAGACAGGGAUGAGUAUGGAGCCGACACUAUGACUGAGAUCAACAUCAUCGGACGCAUCACUCUCAAUCUGUGGAGGGUGAUGAAGACUGAGGUGACAUUGAACAACUACACUUUUGAGAACGUAGCCUUCCAUGUACUCCACCAGCGCUUCCCUGUGUACAGCCCCCGCACACUGUCUGACUGGUAUGACCACAACACCAGCCUCUACAGGUGGAAGAUGGUGGACCACUAUGUGAGCCGUGUGCGCGGCACCAUGCAACUUCUCCAGCAACAUGACAUUAUCGGCAGAACAAGCGAGCUGGCCAGAGUUUUUGGGAUUCAGUUCUUUCACGUUCUGACCCGAGGAUCACAGUACCGCGUUGAGUCUAUGAUGCUACGUGUGGCCAAGCCAUUGAACUACAUCCCUGUGACACCCAGCAUUCAGCAGCGAGCCCAGCAGAGGGCACCGCAGUGCAUUCCUCUGGUGAUGGAGCCUGAGUCGCGCUUCUACAGUAACUCAGUGAUUGUACUGGACUUUCAGUCACUCUACCCCUCCAUCGUCAUUGCAUACAACUACUGCUACUCCACGUGCCUCGGCCAUGUGGACAGCCAGGGAACGCCUGAUGAGUUCAAGUUUGGCUGUACCUCCCUGCGGGUUCCUCCAGAGCUCCUCUACCAGCUUCGCAAUGACAUCACUGUGUCACCCAACGGCAUCGCCUUUGUCAAGUCCUCUGUGCGUAAAGGGGUCCUGCCAAGCAUGCUGGAGGAAAUCCUCAACACUCGGAUCAUGGUGAAGCAGUCAAUGAAGAGCUAUAAGCAGGACAAGGCCCUGAUGAAGCUGCUGGAUGCCCGACAGCUUGGACUUAAGCUCAUUGCCAACGUCACCUUCGGCUACGCUGCCGCCAACUACUCUGGACGCAUGCCCAGUGUGGAGGUUGGCGACAGCAUCGUUCACAAAGCCAGAGAGACCCUGGAGAGAGCCAUCAAGCUGGUCAAUGACACAAAGAAAUGGGGAGCCCGGGUUGUGUACGGGGACACCGACAGCAUGUUUGUUCUACUGAAGGGAGCCACCAAAGAGCAGGCGUUCAAGAUCGGCAAUGAGAUUGCAGAGGCAGUGACUGCUACCAACCCCAAGCCAGUCAAGCUCAAGUUUGAGAAGGUGUACCUGCCCUGCGUGCUUCAGACAAAGAAGCGCUACGUGGGCUAUAUGUAUGAGAACCUUGACCAAAAGGAGCCUGUGUUUGACGCCAAAGGGAUUGAGACUGUGCGCCGCGAUGGCUGCCCUGCUGUUUCCAAGAUCCUGGAGCGUUCCAUUAAGCUGCUUUUUGAGACUCGGGACAUCAGCCAAGUGAAGCAGUUCGUGCAGCGGCAGUGUGUGAAGGUUCUAGAUGGCCGGGCCAGCAUGCAGGACCUCACCUUCGCCAAGGAGUACCGGGGCAGUGGCUCUUACCGGCCUGGAGCCUGUGUGCCUGCCCUGGAGCUCACCAGGCGUAUGAUGGCAUAUGACCGUCGCCUGGAGCCACGAGUGGGUGAGCGGGUCCCCUACGUGAUUGUAUACGGGAUGCCUGGCGUGCCCCUUAUCCAGCUAGUGCGUCGGCCCAUGGAGGUGCUGCAGGAACCCAGCCUCCGUCUCAACGCCACCUACUACAUCACCAAGCAGAUCCUGCCACCACUGGCCCGAAUGUUCCAACUGAUUGGAGUGGAUGUGUUCAGCUGGUACCAGGAGCUGCCCAGGAUCCAGAAAGCAUCCUCCUCCUCUGCGGUGGCUGGAGAGGAAGUGGGGAGGAAAGGAACCAUUUCCCAGUACUUCACCACACUUCAUUGCCCUGUGUGCGAUGAGCUGACCCAGCUGGGCGUGUGCUCACGGUGCCGUGCUGAGCCCCAGCAAGUAGCAGUUACACUUUACCAGGACAUGAGACAGUGGGAGAGACAGCAGGACCAGUUGCUGAAGAUCUGUAGGAACUGUAGUGGCUACGCAGAGCGGCAGGUGCCUUGUGCGUCCCUGGACUGUCCUGUCCUCUACAAGCUUUCCCGGGUCAACAGACAGCUUUCCAAGGCCCCGUACCUCCGAAAGCUACUGGAGCAGUUCUGAUUGGCUCCUGAAUGCAGGAGCUCACCACUGAUUUGGUGCUAAUUGCUCCCCUCAAGUGUUUCAUUGUCCAUUCAGUUGUAAUAGUUUAAAUGGUGCUUUGAUUGAACCUUUUUGGUUAUUCAUUGUCUUGUAACUGUAAUUUGUCAAGUACUUCUCUGCCUGUGCAUACUGGCUGGUUUGAGCCUACUGUGGGAAGCACCCCCCUCCUUCAUCCCAGGACUUGUUUGUCUUUAUGCUUGUUUACUGCCAUUUCCAUUAGCUGCUAUGGACUGAGUGAGGUUGAUGGCUGACACAGUGACAGAUGGCCUGUGAUGUAACUGAGAGCAGUCCAAUCAAGGCUGACUUGUAGAAUUGUGUAUGUGCUGUGGAAGUCUUAAGUCAUUGGUUUUUAAGGAGCUUCCUUUCAAAAUGUCAACACAAACUACAUGCAAACCACCAACCGACUUCAUUUUUAUAUCGACUACAGUCUUUUGUACAUAGCUCCUGUAUAGCUCCAACUAUAUUCUCACUGUGCAUAAGCAUAAAAAAAAAAAAACGAGUGCUCUGGCCAUGAAUGCAAUCAAAUCUGUUGUAAGCAUUAUGUUAAAGUUUGACAUUUUUCAUGUCCCAUUUAACAUUGUAUUGAUUGUAUUAAUGUCCAUUUUUGGCAGAUUUGACACCUAUUCUUAUCUACAUAGUGUGGGAACUGGAAACCAUUUCAAAAAAAAUCUGGGACUGUUGCAAUACUGUAUUUUCAUAAUUUAUGUCAUGAACAGUCUAUUGUUUCUUGUGCAUAUAGUUUUGUGUACUGUCCAAUUUUCAGUUAAAAAUUCUCAUCAAACCACAUCGAGAUCCAAUCUUCAGUUCUUCAUACAGCUGUACACAGGAUCUGUGUAUUUGUACAUAUGUAAAAUAACAAUAAAGGAGGUGUUUUUUUGUUUGUUUUUAAUGGAAAUUGCUGUGGGUGGAGAUUUGAGAUUGAUAUAAUAAAAGUCAAUGUAUGAAAAUGC